AUGGAGAAUAAGAACAACGUGACGGAAUUUAUUCUACUGGGGCUUACAGAAAAUCCAGAGAUGCAGAAAAUCGUAUUUGCUGUGUUUUUGGUCAUCUACAUCACCACUGUGGUAGGAAAUAUACUCAUUGUGAUCACCAUCACCACCAGCCCAUUGUUGGGCUCCCCCAUGUACUAUUUCCUGGCCUAUCUCUCCUUUAUUGAUGCUUGCUAUUCCUCUGUUAAUACCCCUAAACUCAUUGUAGAUUCAGUCCGUGAAAAGAAGACCACCAUAUUCAAUGGAUGUAUGACCCAAAUCUUUGCAGAACAUUUCUUUGGAGGUACCGAGGUCAUCCUUCUUACUGUGAUGGCUUAUGACCGUUAUGUGGCCAUCUGCAAGCCCUUGCACUACACUGCCAUCAUGAACCGGAGAUUGUGUGGUCUGCUAGUGGUAGUCUCCUGGGCUGGAGGCUUUCUUCAUGCAACCAUACAGAUCCUUUUCAUGUUCCGAUUACCCUUCUGUGGCCCAAACAUCAUAGAUCACUUUAUGUGUGAUCUGAAUCCUUUGCUCAAACUUGCCUGCACAGACACGCAUACUCUAGGACUCUUUGUUGCUGCCAACAGUGGGUUCAUCUGCCUUUUAAACUUUCUCCUCCUUCUGGUCUCCUAUGUGGUCAUCUUGUACUCCCUAAGGACCCACAGCUUAGAAGGAAGGCGCAAAGCCCUCUCAACUUGUGUUUCCCACAUCACAGUGGUCGUCUUAUUCUUUGUACCCUGCAUAUUUGUGUACAUGAGACCCGUGGCCACUUUACCUGUUGACAAAGCAGUUGCUGUAUUCUACACCAUCAUAACUCCUAUGUUAAAUCCUUUAAUCUAUACCUUCAGAAAUGCCCAAAUGAAAAAUGCCAUUAUGAAGUUGUGCACUAAGAAAGCUAUUUCAGAUGACAAAUACCUCUAG